UUCGCAAUCAGUUUGCCAGUUGAAACCGAUUCAUUCAGAUGGCAGUCGCAGUAGUCCAAAAUUUCGGCAAGGAGGAGCUCUUCGUGAGCCGGGCCACAAUUCAGCUGCAGUUGCCGCAGGGCGGAGCCCAAUCACCCAUCUUCGAGUGGCGCACACAGGUGGUGACGGCCACGCCCACACCCGUUCCCGCCCAGGAGGAGGAGUGCAUUAGCAGUAGCCAGAAGACCGCGGAGGCUGCCACGCCCAAGAGCAAUUACUACACGCCCCCGCGGAUUUUGGGAACGGAGGCGAAGCGCAAGAAUCUGCCCCAAACGAUGGGCAACUUCUUCGAGGCGGAGCGCUACGCCAGCGCCUGGAAUCGCGUGACCAAGUAGUAGGCAACCCGAUAAAUCCCCGAAAACCCAAACGAGAGGGAGGCCUAAUCGAUUAACCCAUUAAGUGUCAAGAGCUGCAGGAUAGUGAAAUUCCAUUCCGUUGCCGAAAAUUCCAAUUCAUGCCCCAAAAUUGCUUACUCGUUUGGUGGAUAGAAAUGCUGGCCCAAGGCAGACCCAACUAUGUAUAUAAGCAUCCCAUGAAUAUUUAUGUGCCACCCCAUAUACCAUAUACAUACUAUGUACCCUGAUAAUGCAAUAAAAGUAUUAUUUGAUAGAUAAAGCGAAA